AGUCCCCGAUACGGUACGGGGCUUCGGGCUGGUUCGGGUCUACCUGCGCCAGCUCUGCACCUGGGCGACCUUGGCUUAGCCCACACGGAUGACUCAAUCGGCCAGGCGUCUGGGCGCCUGUCCUCUUCCUCCGCCCAGGCCGCCGACCCCCUGGCUCCCCAGCGGGGCCUCCUCCUGCCACGUGACGCCCCCGCCAGGGGCCCCAGCGCCCUCCUCGCGGACGCGCCGUUCCGGCUCCCGGGCUCCGCCUGUGCGCGGCCUCCUCGGCGCAGCCAUCCUCGCGGCUGCCGAGGGCGGCAAAGCCCACGGCAUCUGCCAUUUGUCAUUCAGCCCGUCGGUACCGCCCCGAGCCUUGAUUUAGACACGUCUGGGGCGGAUUCUGGCCUCACUCUCCUGGCGGACAGACGGACGGACGGACGGGGCGGCUCUCCUCCCAGCCCGGCGGACCGCGGGCCUUGGCGCGCGGGGCGCUUCCCCGGGUCGCCGUCAUGGCCGCGGAGGCGGCGCGCCCGAGCUGCCGCGCCUGAGUUCCGGGGGGCUCCGGACCCCGCAGGUUUUAUGACAGAGCGUGUCUAGAUGUGGACAUUUCAUUUAUCCUGGAUUUAUUGUGUUCCUGUCUCUAAGGUUUUUCCCGCCUGAUUGACAACAUAGUCAUCAUUGGCUUUUGAUUGCUCUCACAUCUGAUGUGGCCUCUGUUUCAUGUCACAUCUGAAACUCCUCUGUACCUCAGACUUAGAAAGGUAUUUGCAUAGGAAUCAGAGGCGUUAAUCUUGUUUGAAGCCUCAAGCUUCUGAGAGGUCUCCCUGACUGCCUCGGAGCUGCUGUUUCCUGUCGCCGAGUAGUUUAAUGGGGACAGAGUUGGAGGAAAUGUCUCACAUUUAAAUACAGUAUGGCCAUGUCUAAAACGCCUUGAUUAUAUACCCACCAUCUUUGAAGGCCCGAGGGAAAGGUAAUGAGGUCUACAGCUUGUUGGACUUCUGAAUCUAGGAAAGUGGCUGGAAAGUGCAUCUGGGAAAACUUUAUUCAAUGCUAAAGGCAGUUUGGUGAUCCAGGACGUGCCCCAGCUCUAGUGAUGCAGAUUGCCUUUCUGCUCUGGAACCUCAUCCAUGCCUCAGACUUGCUCCUCUCAACCUGAGACUGCGUGGAAACUGGGAUGUGGGAAGCAGGAAGCAGAGACAGUGGUAACUGAGAGGCCCAUGUCUGGGUAGAACCAGGUCCGGGACCACAACGCUGCCUCCCCCCUGGCCUGGCGCUCAGCUGCUGUGGCUCUGCUGAUGUGCUCAGCACCGUCCUUCUAUUUGUACUUAAAUGGCACAGCAUUUGGUCAGCGCAUCUGAAAAGGAAGGUGUGAGAGACAAAGCCCAUGGCCACCUACCCCUGCCAAUUAUGUGGCAAGACGUUCCUCACCCUGGAGAAGUUCACUAUCCACAAUUAUUCCCACUCCAGGGAGCGACCUUACAAGUGCUUGCAGCCAGACUGUGGCAAAGCCUUCAUUUCCAGAUAUAAAUUAAUGAGGCACAUGGCUACCCACUCACCCCAGAAAUCCCACCAGUGUGCUCAUUGUGAGAAGACUUUCAACCGGAAAGACCACCUGAAAAACCACCUCCAAACGCACGACCCCAACAAAAUGGCCUUUGGGUGUGAGGAGUGUGGGAAGAAGUACAACACCAUGCUGGGCUACAAGAGGCACCUGGCCCUCCACGCGGCCAGCAGCGGCGACCUCACCUGUGGGGUCUGUGCCCUGGAGCUAGGGAGCACUGAGGUGCUGCUGGACCACCUCAAGGCCCACGCCGAAGAGAAGCCCCCUAGUGGAGCCAAGGAAAAGAAGCACCAGUGCGACCACUGUGAAAGAUGCUUCUACACCCGGAAAGACGUGCGGCGCCACCUGGUGGUCCACACAGGCUGCAAGGACUUCCUGUGUCAGUUCUGUGCCCAGAGGUUUGGGCGCAAAGACCACCUCACGCGACACACCAAGAAGACACACUCACAGGAGCUGAUGAAAGAGAGUCUGCAGUCCGGAGACCUUCUGAACACCUUCCACUCCAUCUCUCCCCAGUUCCAACUGAAGGCUGCCCCACUGCCUCCUUUCCCUCUAGGGGCUCCUGCACAGAACGGGCUUGCAAGCGGCCUGCCAGCUGAGGUACACAGCCACACCCACGGCCCCUCGGAGCAAACCUCCCAGCCUGUACCAGCGCUGCCAGAGCUCCUGGCCCCGCUCCACCCCGUAGCAUCCCCCAGCUCUCCUCCCCCACCCCUCCAGAAUCACAAGUACAACACCAGUUCUACCUCAUACUCCCCACUUGCAAGCCUGCCCCUCAAAGCGGAUACUAAAGGAUUUUGCAAUACCAAUUUGCUUGAGGACUUGCCUCUGCAAGAGCCUCAGUCACCUCACAAGCUCAACCCAGGUUUUGAUCUGGCUAAGGGAGGUGCUGGUAAAGUAAACCUGCCCAAGGAGCUACCUGCAGACGCUGUGAACCUAACAAUACCUGCCUCUUUGGACCUUUCCCCUCUGUUGGGCUUCUGGCAGCUGCCCCCUCCUGCUACCCAAAAUGCCUUUGGGAACAGCAGUCUCACCCUGGGGCCUGGGGAAUCUCUGCCCCACAGGUUAAGCUGUCUGGGGCAGCAGCAACAAGACCCCGCACUCGCCAUGAGCACUAUGAGCCUGGGCCAGCUCCCCCUGCCCCCCAUCCCCCACGUUUUCCCAGCUGGCACUGGUUCAGCUAUCCUGCCUCAUUUCCACCAUGCAUUCAGAUGACUGACUGGUUUUUAAAGCGUACCUUUCUUAUUCCGGAAGAUGUUUUAAGAAGCAUUUUAAACAUCAGUUAGUUACGAUACAAGGAAAGAGUUAGAAAGCAGGACUAGAAUAUGCCUUAUUCAGUGAUGACUGGCUUGAGAGAAAGAAGAGAGUUCUCGAACUGCAUGUAUUGUGCCAAUCUGUCCUGAGUAUUCAUGCUUUGUACCAAAUUUAAUAAGCAAGUAUUCUUUAAUGGAACUGCAACCAUUGUCAUAACCGACAUCCAUACGAGGGCUGCUAUAUAUAGGUGUUUGUCAAAUUGAACUUAAUCGUAAGCCAUGAUCAUAAUAAUGUUAACUAAAUAACUUUAUGUGGCACUGCCUAGUAAGGGAACUAUGGAAAGGUUUGGAUUUCUCCAAAAUGGGAGAAUUUUUAAAAUAAGAAAAUAACCUUUAUAUUGCAUAUUAUGACUAGGCUGUGUAUUUCUUUUCAGGGAUUUUUCUACCUUCAGGGUUGGAUGUAGUUUAGUUACUAUUGCCAUAGCCAACCUAUAGUUUUACAGAAACAAUUUCUUGUGGAAUAAUAGAUGUCUCCAUUUUAAAAAAGCAUUUUAAAUGUAGUUUGAAUAUUUUCCACAGGAUGCUACAAUGUGAGUUAUCACUUCAUUUAUCUUAAAAGACUAAACUGAUUGUCAGUUACAUCUGACAGAAAAAAAAAAAAAAAAUCACUGUGUAACCAGGUUAAGUGGUAAAAUAAUCCAGGCGUCAGUCAAAAAAAGCAUUUUACUGACUUUAAUAUUGAUUAUAUUUUUAACAGGAAUUUAAGAAUAUUACUGGAAUUAAAAAAAAUAUAUAUAUAUAUAUAUAUUAAACAAGAAUUUCCUUUGCUCUGUCUGGCUUAAAAUACUACUCUGCUUAAGUAUUUUUAAUCACCAAUAAGUAAAUGCAUUUUAAAAUUCAUCAUUUAAGUCAAUAU